UUGGAAAAAAACACAUGUGAUGCUAUUUAGGGAAAAUCAUUAUGUUUUAGUGCUAUUUACGUAAAAAAACACAUGGACGGCUCCUCUGAGGAUUCCAACUCCUCAUCUCUGACCGGGUUUCCUUCCCCUGGUUCCCGUACCUGUCAGGUUCCAAAUUCUUCUAUCCCCAAUCCUCAACCAGUUAAUCAGAUGCCCGGUAAUGUUCUUACGGGGAGGGAUGAACCGGUCGAUGAGGAACCGAGUCCCUACGACCCCGAAAACGAAACCCGGGAUGCGUGGGAGGAGCGGCUCCAUGCUGCCGGUUACUUUCCACUCCCCACCUUUUAUGUUCUUGACAUUCCUUCCCAUGUAUCCAAAAUUGCCCUGAAUAAGAUCCGUAGACGGCUCCCGGAUGGGUAUACCCUCUUGUAUGAACAUGACUGGCCCAACAUUGUUGAACCCCACCGGGAGGACAAGAUAGGAUUUCAUACGAUUUCCCUAGACGCGGGCAUCGUUUUUCCUCCUCGCCCCCUCUUAACCGAAAUAUGCCAUGCGUUUAGGAUUUUACCCGAUAUGGAGUUCGAGGAAUAUGCCAUGCCCGAAGAUAAGCCAGAAGGAGAGACCGGUGGUUCUCAGACCGGUACUGCCAAGACUUUCACGGCCCAGCCCGAGACCGUGGAGGUCCACGAUUUGGACGACGACGAGCCCCACAAUGACCGGUCAAAGGAGAAGGGCAAAGAAAAGGCCCGACGUCGUCAGAAGAAGGUGGCUACAACCCACCCUUCUUACGCCAAGAAGAGGGCAAGGUUGGAUUCUGAGCCGGCCUCCCAAACUAUUGAAGAGGCCUUCGUGAACCUGGGUCUGAGGCUGAAGGAGAAAGGGGAGAUUGGGCCCCAUGCAGGCGAGCAGCUGGGGAUGGGUUCUCCUUCGGAGGUUGCCCGGCUGGAGAAGGAAAGGGAAGAGAUGGCCCUUAUUUUGAAGAGCCAAGCUGAUGAGCUGAUCCGGCUAUCUGGGAUGGCCGGGACGAUGAAGGCUGAAAUCUCUCAGCUCAAGGAGGAAAACAGCCGGCUACUCGAUGAGGUCUCUGAGACCAAGAGGGAGAUGGCGUUGAAGGAAUAAAACUUCCCCGGGCGUGCCGCUGCCUGGGUUGAAGAGAACAAAGCCGAAUUUGCCCGGGUGCUUACGGCGACGCCGGAGGCGACCAUGGAAUCCUUAAGGUAUCUCUACCGGGAGCCUGAAGGAAGGAAGAUGAUCACCGCCGUUGGCUCCUUUGGAUUCAAAUG